UACUGUAUCAGUCACUUUCUGCCACCCCACCACCAUCUUUUUGUCUUACACUCCUUCCCUUUCUCGUUCGUUUUCACCUCCAUCACCAUGUAACUAAAAUCACUCCCUUUUUCUCAUUCAAAAUCCAUCAAAAAUGGCGGUUGCAGCCUUCAAAUCCUCCUCAAAAAGACAAAAUUUGCUCAGUUCUUCAACCAAAGCAGCAACAACAACAACAUCUGAUAAAGAAACCGCCAAGAAAGAUUCAACAAAGAAAGCCCCUCCAAGAAGAUCAAGAAGUGUGAGUGCUUUCUCAAGAACCCAGUUGGAUGUUUCUGCAUCUUCUUCUUCAAAUGAAUUUUUGAUUAAGAGAGACAAUCCUCUCUUUUGUUCUGGUAAUUCACCACCUGAAGACAUCAAAAGUUCCAAACUUGGUGAAAUUUCACCCAAAAAGUCCAAAGCUUUAAGUGCUGAAGAUACCAGGAGGGGCCGCUCCGUGGCUAGAAAUGCUGACGGUGGAAAACCCGGUUCCGGGAUCGGCAGGAGCUUGUCGAGGGUGGACACUGGGCGGCGCUUUCGGUCUGUGUCCCGGCCUCCUGUUUCAAGAGGGCCAACUGUGAAUUCUGAGAGUGAAGUUGAGCAAGAAGAUAGUGUAUCUGUGAAAAGAAGUGAUAGGAGAAAGAGUGAACUGGUUAAAAGUAGUUCUGCUACGUUGGAUCAAACAAAAAGCUUGAGGACUACGCCGGGUCAGCGUUUGGCGUUUGAAUUUUCAGAUCGUUCUACUGGAAACUUGUCUUCCAUGAGAACUCCAAAUUGGGAAGAUAGAGUUUCGACAAGUUCUUUUUCAGAAGCCGAGGAGAAAACUAUUAAAGCAGUUUGUGAACAGAUGAAGCCAUUUCAAGGGGAUAAUUUGGGGGUUGAUACUUCUUCUAAUGGUAUAUAUGAAACUGUUCGAUCUGAAGUGAGGCGUGCCAUUGCUGACAUUCAAAAUGACCUUGAAACUGCUAUGAAGAGAAAUAAUACCUCUGGUAUUGCAAUGACUAGUGUAACUGAUAUACCUCCUGAUUUGGUGAGCCCAGGUGCAGUAGAAUUGGUUCUGGACAUAAGAAGAGAAUAUGCUAAAAAGCUAGAGCAGUCCCAGGAACGGGCUACAAAACUUCGAGCAGACCUGGCUGUUGAGGAACAUCGUGGGGUAGAGCUGAGUAGAAUCCUGAAGGAAGUACUUCCGGAUCCCAAGGCCCCUACUGGGCAGAAAUCCCGUCCAGGAAGAAAAUCUAGCAUUGAGAGAAGAAGGAUGUCAAGACGUCUAACUGACGAAGCCAUGGCUUAUUUCGAUGAGUGUGUAUCCUUAUCAACGUUCGAUAGCUCUGACUUCUCAUCGCAAGAGGAUCCACCUUUUAACUCAGUGGGAGUAGCUGCCACGGUUGGUGAUAAUACUUAUUUACCCCAUGAAAAUUCAAGCGUGUCCACAAAUUACUGCCCCAACAGUUGCCUUAGUGAUAAACAGAUAAUGUCACACUUACAGGAAGGAUGGUUCACGCGUAUCCGAGAUGCUAUGGAACUGACGGCUAGUAGCAGUAGUAAAGAGCGCAUUUGUGAUCAAGACAGUGUAAUCAGCACUGAUAAAUUAGAGGGUCGGAAGUUUUCCUUUGGUCUCAGUCCAAGUGACACCUUAGAUUGCCAACCCAACAUAAUGAAGUAUGUCAGGAAUUUUGAGAAGGAUUUAGAGAAAAUAAAUAGUGACCCACAAAUUGUAACAUCAAAACAGCAUGAUCUGGAUGAGUACAAUUUGCAGGCCUCAUCGCAAAGCUUGUUGUUCGAUCGGGUUUUGUUGAAAAACAGGUUAGACUCUGGUAGUCUGCUACUCUGUGGCGGAGGUAUUGCAAUUUCAUCUUCCCCUUCUAUAAUUUAAUUUUUUGAGUUUGCUAAACUUUUUACGUGUUACAUAUGAACUUGUGGGAGUAUACACAAGUGUGAAAAGGUUGUACUUUAUUAAGAGAUUAUAACUUAAGUUUGAUUUUAGAAUAA